AAAAUGUCGGUCGCCAGAGAACGGAAGUAGAAAUAUAAGUAAGCGCAAUUCUAAAAACAAAUAUCUUUGUGCCAGCACCAGAGCCAUCUCGUCUUCAUCAUCAUUAUCAUCUUCUUUCUUUUUCUCCUCGGGCGGGUUUGCCAAUCGUUCGGUUCAAAAUUCGGUGUAG